CUCCUAAUUAAAAAAAAAAAGAACGAAAUCACUCGUUUUUAUGCAUACAAAAAUCCAAAAGGAUUUGUCAAUUUCUUUAACAAGAAAAACAAAAUUGUACUAAUGCAAAAGGAAUGAAUAAAAAUAAAUAAUGAGACGUGUAAACCAUUAAGCAGACAAGAUGUAAUUAAGAAAUGUAAUAUUAUAUGUAACCCACCUUCAUCUUCACCUUUGCCAUGUUUAUAAAAUCUCUCCUUAAAGCUAUACUCAAGGUUAGAUCAAAACCUAAUUACAAUAGCAAUAAACACACAAUUAAUCACAAAAUUAAAUUCGACCUUUAAAAUCAAGAAUCGUCACAACACCAUCAUCAUCAUGAGUAGCUCCAGCUCUAGCUCUGGCUCUCCUUGUGGUGCUUGUAAGUUCCUUAGGAGGAAAUGUGCAAAGGGAUGUGUGUUUGCUCCAUACUUUUGUCAUGAACAAGGAGCUUCACACUUUGCAGCCAUCCACAAGGUCUUUGGAGCUAGCAAUGCUUCUAAGUUGCUCUCUCAUCUUCCCAUUAGCGAUCGCUGUGAAGCCGCUAUUACAAUCUCUUAUGAAGCUCAAGCUAGGCUUCAAGAUCCCAUCUAUGGCUGCGUUUCUCAUAUCUUUGCUCUCCAGCAACAGGUUGCGAAUUUACAAGCAGAACUUGAGAUUCUAAAGCAACAAGCAGCACAAAGCAUGAUUUUUGCUGAUUCACCAACAUCAGAAAACCCUAAUAGUUACUAUGGAGACACUACUAAGGCUCCUUGUCAUCAUGAUCUUCAAAAUAUUUAUUAUCAUCAAGAUCAGAGCCAUUUGGGUUACCAAACCGGAAGUUCAGGGACGGUUCAACACGGGGAUGCCACGGAGAGUAGUUACCACAACGAAACCUCCUCAGGCAUCGGAGAAUUCUCCAUCUACUCUGACUUGGAACAACACUUGAACACUUUCAAUCAAGAUCAUCUCAAAGAGCUGCAAUCAGCAAGUUUUGGCUACAUCUCCUUCUCGUGAUAUGGUUCUAUCAAGACAUGGGUUGAUUCUUAUCAAUAUCCGAUCUAUAUACAAUAUAUAUAGCUUAUAUAUAAUGUUUGAAGAUUUUUGAUGGUUUUAGUCUAGAUGAUGAUGCCUAGCUCAAAGAACCGGUGUUGUAUUCAUAAAUAAAAAGUACUAGAUGCCCUAGAAAUAUAUAAAGAUAUAUAUUUACAUCCUCAAGAUCUUUUUAAUGUAUAUUUCGAUAAAAUCAAGUUUUUCUUCUCCAUAUCGUCACAACUUUUAUCACGAAUUCCUAGCUAGCUCGCUAAACCAUGCCUGUCCUGCUGAUUCUUUAGAUUCUGCUAGUACGUACAGUCUAGUACACCCGACCUGGUUGUGGAAUUUCCCUCAAUAUUGGAGAAAGUCGAGAUCGAGUGGAUCAUUUUUAAGUGAAUUAUGAUCUUGGAUAUUUUUUUUUCUUUUUUUUUUUUUGUUACAUGGUCGAAAAUUUACAGUCUUGGGCUGUUGGGCAAAUGGGAAAAGUUUAGUUAAGCACCACAAGCUCUUAAUUAAUUACAUUAGCCAGUUCAGAUUCUUUUUUUUUUCAAACGAAAUGUGUUCUUGAAAUGUUUCAAACAUAAAGAGGUAAGUACAUUUUAAGAGAUCCAUCGUAGAUUUAUCUACUUCUAUUUAAACGCUAAAAAGAUUACUGGACAUAUAUGAGAUCCAUACUUCUGAUUUUGUAGAUAUGGAUCGAAUUUAGGGUUCAUCUACAUGAUCACAUAAUUCACUAAACCCAAACAUACUAUAUAAUAAUUAAUAUAUAUUUUUUGUUAUGUGAAAAGUAGUACAGUACAUAUGAGCAUACAAUCCACUUAACAACUAGUUUGAACUACUUGACAGAAAAAAAUUGAAUCUAAAGUACAGCCCCCAAUUUAUUAUUUGGCCACAUCUUUUUAUAUAUCAACUAGGUUUAAAAUAUCACUUGAAAGUGUUUUAUCGGUAGUAUAGAUUUACAAGACAAAAACACGAAAGAAAAUGCAAUAUAAAUAUUAAAAUAUGUAUGUGAGUGUUUCUUUUUUUGUUUUUAUGUGGUCUAGCUACCUAAUAUGGCAAUAUUUUUUUUGAUGGCAAUAUC